AGCAUUAUAGCAUAGCAGCAACAGUACCCCGUCCUCACCAGAAAUGGAGGAGAAUUCCAUGAUUUUUUGUCUUCCUCUGGUGCUAGCAAACUGCUGAUUUUAUGUUCACCAAAAUACAAACCCUUCCUUUUAGUGAGAAAACCAACAAGCACAAAAGUCCUGGAAAGAAACAGGGAGAUUGGAAAGGGAGGAAAAAGGACAGAAAGACAAUCUAACUUUGCAAAACCAUUUCUUUGAUCUUUUCAGUUUCGAUGUCAAAUAUCACAGGUGAUGAAGGGAGCUUCUCUUCAGGAAAUACUGGAGAAGAAGUCCAACAGCUCCAAGGAAAGCAGCAGCAGCAGGCACAAAAUCACUUACAUGGCUCAGACUCAGUUGCUGCAACUAACAGCAAUGGGUCUACCUCCCAACAGCCGGUGAAGAAGAAAAGAAAUCUUCCAGGAACUCCAGAUCCCACUGCUGAAGUCGUGGCUUUAUCACCAACGACACUUAUGGCAACAAACCGUUUUGUGUGUGAGAUAUGCAACAAAGGGUUCCAAAGGGACCAAAACCUGCAAUUGCAUAGGAGAGGCCAUAAUCUGCCAUGGAAGCUCAGGCAAAGAACUACCACUGAGGUGAGGAAAAAGGUCUACAUAUGCCCUGAGCCAACAUGUGUUCACCACAACCCGGCUCGUGCAUUAGGAGAUCUAACUGGCAUUAAGAAGCAUUUUAGCCGAAAACAUGGCGAGAAGAAAUGGAAAUGUGACAAGUGCUCGAAGAAAUAUGCAGUACAAUCUGAUUGGAAAGCUCAUCAAAAGACUUGUGGUACGAGGGAAUACAAAUGUGAUUGUGGAACCAUCUUUUCAAGAAGAGAUAGCUUCAUCACCCACAGAGCUUUCUGUGAUGCAUUAGCAGAAGAAAACAACAAAGUAAACCAAGGAGUAAUGGCCAACAUGGGGUCAAACUUGCAAAACCAAAUGCCAGAGCUCAUGUCUUCGAUGCCCUUAAGCGCCAACACUAGCACAUCUAUUGGAAUUCCAGACUUCAACUGCUUCGACCCUAAGAACCCUCUCAAAUCUCUCCCUCAAGAACUCGUUCCAAUUCCAUUCAAGUCCAUGAACAUGGCAGGAGGCAUGUUUUCGAGCAGCUCGGGCACUCUCUUUGGAAGUCCAAGAAGCAUUUCCUCAACUUCUAGCCUCCAACUCAGUUCCAAUGGCUCAUCCGGCUUGCAUUAUCUUCAAGAUAACAAAAACGGAUGCCAAAUUUCGGCCACUGCUCACAUGUCAGCAACAGCCUUGUUGCAAAAAGCAGCACAAAUGGGUGCCACCGCUAGCAAUAGUAUUAAUUCCCCCAUGAUGCAAAAGAGCUUUGCCAGCAGCAUGGCAGGUCCUGACCAGCUUUCUUCUAUAAGAUCAUCAACUUAUGGUGGAAUUCAGCAGCAUAACACCUCCUAUGAUGACCUCCCGCCACAGGCUUCGGAUCAAACUAGCAUGGCUGGAAUGAUCAAUGGCGUUGGAGGAUUUAACAACCAGCCCUUGCAAAGAGGGCCACAAGAAAUGUCACAGAUUUUUGACACAGCUGGUACAGGUAGCUCAGCAAUGAACGAUAUGGCAAUGUUUGCAAGUAUGUUCAUGAGUAACGACCAAAAUCCAGGGUUCAUAAAAAAUAUGGAACAGGAGGAUAGUGGCAAUUCUGGUUUGAUGCACGGAAGGAAUGCAUUAAUGGAGCGGAAUCCAACAGGACCUUCAAGGUUUGCUGGUACGCCUAUUGAAGGUGGUGACAUGAUGACUCGUGACUUCAUGGGGAUUGGAGGAGCAAGGCCAACAAAUUUUCAGGAUCAACAGCAGCAGCACCAACCGAGAUUGGAAAUGGAAGCAAUGAGCCAGCAUCAAAGAAUGCAAAUGAUGAAUCCCUAUCAUCAACAACAACAGCCCUCACUUAGGGAACCAGCUAUCGAAAAACCUUCUUCUAUAUGGGAUGUUUGAUACUUUUAGUAUAUUAGCUUCUUUCGGUACUAUCCAUGGUUUCAUGGAGCUAUUCGCCCAUGGCUAGUAGAAGCCGAUCUUAUUGCACUUGUGCGGUUAGGAGGUGUAUUUAAGUUCUUAGGUCACUGGUGCCCAAUCCAUUUUACAUCCUUUCGUGAUCUUUGAAUUCA